AUGAAUUCGUUGUACUUGAACUCGUUGUAUGUACAAAAAAAAAUUCAAGAGAGAUUCAGUUAUACAAUUGUAUAAAUUUCAAUGUUCUCUAGAUAUGAUUGAUUACUAUCAAUGAAUGAACGCAAGAAUAGAUAAGAAAGAAAAGAGAGAUAAGGCCUCUUAAGUGAAUUUAAUAAUUCACUGCCACAAAAUAAUUGAUAUGAUCGAGUCAUGAUUUCUUUAACUAUGAUUGAGCGAUUCAGCGCAAGAAAUUUGAACUUUGCAAUCCUAUAUUUAGCGUGAGUAAUUUUUUUAUUCUGGAGUCUGGAUAUUCUGUCUGCUUGGAUGCAAUGUUUUUAUCUCAUUCGAUGUGAAAGUAAAUAUAAAUCUAUCGAAUACACAGUUUGAAAAUAAUUACAGAUCACAAUUAAUUAUAGAUAAUAAACAUUCUAAUGUGUACAUAAUAAAUAAUAAUUACUCUCAUAUAUCUUCAUUUUUAUCAUUGUCUUCUCGUGAUCCACAUUUGAGUUUUUAUAUAAUAUAUAGAAAAAAUACGUGUGUAAAACAAUUACAAAUAUUAGAUAAAAAUUCUGUACAUAGGUACACAAUCAUAAUUGAGAUACUUAUAUUAUUAUAUUAUUAUUAUUAUACAAGGACAAUAACUAGUCAUCAGAAUACAUCAGAGUUAAUAAAAAUCACUUUUUUCAAUGUUCUUGUACUGAAUUCCCUAAUUUGGCCAAAUUAUGCAGAAUUCUAUCAAAUUUGUUUAUUUCACUAUGCUGCUAUAAUUUAUUGUUUAUAUUGCUCAUUAUUAAAUAAAACAAAACAUUGCAAAACAAAAGCAGGAACUAAAAUAUAUCCAAGAGAAACGAAAUUGCUUUUUUCUUUUUUAAAUUACAAUUUUCAAGCUAGACUUAUUCAAUUUCACAUCAUCGAGGAUUCCCAUUCGCGUGACGACGAGCUCGUAAGUCGAUUAAGUCACGACGACCAGCUGCGAACCUUGUACCCUUUGUACGCGAGUAUCGUGUUCGGUAAUCGGAGACAGUUAAGCAAAAAUAAUAAGCACGAAGAAGCCAAAGUUCUCGAGUGACGCGAAGCUAAGUUCGUACGAUCGUCCCAGUGGUCAAGAUCUCACUCUGCUUUGUCCUGCUCAGGGGUUCCCAGUUCCAUCUUAUAGGUAUAUAACAAAUCAUGGUCUUGUGUCUUUGUAUCAUUCGAUAGAACCGGUUGGUAGCAAAGCGCCAGCAUUCACAGGCUCUUUGAAGGGUGGAUGGAUGGAGGCUAAAGGAGACAUCAGUGUCGUGCUCUUCUGUCCCGCGCAAGGGUACCCUGUGCCGUCGUUUAGGUAACCGAGUCUUCCUUCAAGUAUCCCUAAUCGUAUCAUGCGCGCAUCGAUCGCUACAUUGCAGUAGAACUGUAAGAUUUUACGUUUUCACGCUGUAAAUGGCGAGGAAGAUUAAGAAGGGAAUCUUUGUUUAAAGAUGAGAUAGACGUGAGCUUAGAAAUCAAUAAGUCCAACUCUCAAUAG